AUGGCAGUCGCCGUGUCUUCAGAGCCUUUCAAGAAGUUGCACGACAUCUUCCGCGGGCUCUACGAUGACCUGCGAGGGGUCCCCGAGAGGCUCCUGGGGGCCUGGGGGACGGAAGAGAAAAAGAAGUUAAUCAGAGAUUUUGAUGAGAAGCAACAGGAAGCAAAUGAAACGUUGGCAGAGAUGGAAGAGGAGCUGCGCUUUGCUCCUCUGUCCUUUCGCAACCCCAUGAUGGCCAAGCUUCGAAGCUACCGCAGAGACCUGGCCAAGCUCCAGCGAGAGAAUCGACUGCAGUCUCUAAGAGUAUUACUUCUGCAAGGCACUGAAAGCCUGAACCGAGCCACUCAGAGGAUUGAGCGCUCUCACCGAAUUGCCACUGAGACAGAUCAGAUUGGUGCUGAGAUCAUUGAAGAACUGGGGGACCAAAGAGAUCAGCUGGAACGCACCAAGAGCCGGCUGGUGAAUACAAAUGAAAACUUGAGCAAAAGCCGAAAGAUCUUGCAUUCAAUGUCCAGAAAAGUCGCAACCAAUAAACUGCUGCUUUCCAUGAUUAUCCUUCUGGAAUUGGUCAUCUUGGGAGGCCUAGUCUAUUACAAGUUCUUACGAAAACUCUGAAAAUUCCUGCCUCCAUUUUACUCUCCUCACGGCUCUCUAAAUCAAAGAGUUAAAGGACCAACUUUACU